GAACGGCACUGGACGGCACGAGGCGGGGAGGGUUGUGCCGCCCGCAUGGUGCCAUGAGCUACAGCUACCGGGACGCCUACGUGCCGAGGGGCGUGCAGCUGCCGGGGUCCAGCUACCGGGCCGCGUCGGGCCCGAGGAACCUCGGCGGCACCGCCCACCUGCGCGGGGGCCCUGUCGGCGGCGGCCCCGCGCCCCAGGGCCGUGGAGUCUCCGGCUUCGAGUGGGGCGCGGCCAACCCGGCGGCGGGCCUGCGGGGCGGCUCAGGCCCCUCCUACCACGGCGGCGCCGCCGCGCGCUCGCACACGGUGGGCGGCGGCGCCCACCAGGCCUCCCGGUACCGCCCUGGCGCGGGCGCGGCCGGCCUCCACGAGAGGCCGCCGCCGCCGCCGGGCGCGACCGCGCCCCCGCCGCACCCGGCGCUCUGCGGGCCGGCGGCGGGCGGGGAGGCGCAGCUGCUGCGCCAGGUCUCCCCGCGCCUCGACGCGCAGGCCGCUGGCGGGCUCCCGCAGGGGCCCUGCGAGAUCGUGGAAACGCAAGAGGUGUUGUCAAAAGUCAUGUCGUCGCAGAUCUGGGUCUCCGGAGGGGCCGAGCAGCCGCCGCCCAAGGGCCCCGCGGCGGCCGGCCGCGGCGGCCUCGGGCGGCUGCUGCGGCAGGGCGGCGGCGCGGCCGGCGCUGGCGCGGCGGCGAGGGCGGGCGCCGCGGCGUACCUGCCUGCCGACGAGCCGCGCGACGCAGGGCGGCCGCGCGCCGCGCACCGCGGGUCGCGGGGCGCGGGGGCGGGCGGCCCGGGGGCCGCGGGGCGGCGGCGGGCCGGGCCCGUGCCCAGAGCUCCGGGGCGCGGCGGCGGCGCUGCGCCGCGUGGCCCGGCGGAGGCGGCCCAGGUGUCCGAGGCCCUCGCGGACCAGCGCUCCGCCAACAGGCGGCUCAGCAGCAAGAGCGAGUUCAUGAUGGACAGGCUCGCCGACUUCGAGCAGCAGUUUACCGAGAUCGAGGCCGAGGUCGGGCGCAUCGAGGGGGACCUCGAGGAUAACUCGGUGCUUCCCGGGAGAGCUCGCGACCACCUGGCCCAGCUGGAGGCCAGACUGGACAAGCUGCAGUGCCACGGGGUCGACUCCUUGGACACCUUCGAGCUCCAGUCUGGCAAGGACCAGGCGAGAGCACUGCGAAAGGUCCUGACAAGAAGAGCCGAGACCAUGCACGACCGCAUGGACGCGCUCUUCAAGCAGCUGAGGGACGCCAUGGCUGCCCAGCAGGUGCGCAGCCUGAGCGACAGCUAG